AUGGAAGAAAGGGAAAUUGAAGGGAAUAACGAUUUCUUUGAAGACUUUUCAACAAUUUUAUGUAUCAAAUGCGAUAACAAACAUACAGAACAAUGGUUUAUCAAAUACACUAUUGAGACUAUUGGAGUUAAACCUAUUGGAAUAUGUUCAGGGUGUAAUGGUGAGUAUUUUGUUGAGUUUGAAGAUUCUAAAAAUUGUGAGAUUGUAAUAAAUCUACUAGAUAAUCAGGAGAUUAAAGAGGUUAUUUUUCAUGUUCAAAAGAUUCCAACCCCAUGUCCAGAAGAAAUAAAAACAUUAUUAAUUCAAUUAAAAGAUCAAUGCACAUACAAUCAAUUUAUUUAUCUAUUAAAAGAAGCUGAACUUGGAAUAGGUGUAAGAGAUAUUGUUGAUGAAGCAAUUCGAUUAUAUGACAAAAGAGCAAUUGAAUGGUGUUUUCAAGCUAUUGCAUUUAAAGAAUUACCUAAAGAUCAUGUUAAGUUUUUAGCUAAAGUAUUAAUGACAGAUGACUUUACUACUAUUUCAUUAAAACACUUUUCAACAUUACAAAACCAAUUACUUGAAAUUAAUUUGACUCAACCUAUCCAAAAAUCAUAUAACCUUCAUUUAUUAUGUACUUCUUUGAAUCAUUUAAUACAUCAAUAUUUAUCACAUUCUUUCCUUCUUUCAUCUCCAUUAUCUUCUAUUUACAAUCAACUAAGAAGAAUGAUUGCACUAACUUAUAUUCCUUCUUUUCUUGCUUCAGUAUCAAUUCCAGAUGAAUUAAAUUCUUUUUCACUUACUCCUUUAGCUGCUUUCUUAGAUGAUAAAAAUCUAGGAGAAUUAAAACAAUUUCUUGUCAAUGUAUUACAAUUACCUGAUGCAGAAGAAAAGGUUACUGAAAUUCCUUUAUUUUUUACACAAGAAAUUCUUCCUGAAUCUACUCAACAACGAAUCCUUGCACUUCUUUCAAUUAGAAAAAUUACUCCUACAACCCAUCAAUCAGUUAAAGAAUUUACUGCUAAUACUGUGGUUGAAUAUGCUAUUAGAGCUGACUCUGGACUUGUGCCAUUGGCAGAAUAUUUGUAUGAUAUGGAGUGUUAUGUUCAGUCAGCAAUUAUUGCUAUUCAUUCAUUAAAUAAACCAAAUGAAGAUAUUUCUAGAUCAACAUUAAUUGUAUCUGAAUGUAUCAAACGAGUUAAACAUAUACCUGCAUUAACAAUGAUUAUAGUGAAAGAAAUUAUGUCAUGUGGGCCAAAUAGAGACCUCAUUUUAAAAUAUAUGAUUGAAGAUAACACUAUCGAUGUUACACUAGGAUUUAGAGGGAUUGAUUCAUUCAUUAGUAUUUAUGCUCCUAAACUUAUGUGGAAAGUUAGAAUACUACAAGGAAAUAUUGACGCCUCCGUUAAAGAAAUUGUUCAUUAUUCUUUAUCUGAAAAUGAUGUCUAUGAAAGGUUGAAUGAAAUUAGAAAUUGUUUAGGCAGUAUUGGAAAAAUUUCUGAAACUGAAAGGAGUCAAUUAGUUCAAAUAAAUGAUUUAUUAAGGUGUCAAUGUAUUAUUCAUCAAUCAUUAGAUGAAUUAAGAACAUCUUUAUUACAAAAAAGUAAUAGUCAAGAAAAUGAUACUAGUGUGUCUCAAGCUCUUCAAGAUGUUCAAACUCAGUUAGAAAAUACUCGAAUGAAAGUUAUGACUAUGACUGAUUUAUGCAUUAUUGCAUCUCAAUUCAAAUUAUACGAUGAUGUAUUAGUUUUGUAUCUACACUCAUCCCAAAAACGUCCUGAAAUAGUUCAAAAACUAUGGGAUAUAGUUAAAUUUUAUCUUUUCAGAGAAAAUGAUACUAAUACCCGUUUUGUUUAUUUUGACAAACUCAAAGGAAAACUUGGGAGAUUCCAAUCUGAAGUUCCUCAAGAAUUAUCAUUAAAUCUUCAAAAUUAUUGUGAAACUUUAAAUUAA